AUGUCCCUCAUCCCCUGGCUGCGGUGGAAUGAAGCCCCCUCCAGGCUGUCCUCCCGGAGGCCCGCCGAGCUGGUGCUGGAGACGCUCAUGAUGGAGCUGGCAGGGCAGAUGCGAGAGGCGGAGAGGCAGCACUGGGAGCGCGGCAACGCAGUCAGGAAGAUCUGCACCGGGGUCGACUACAGCUGGCUGGCCAGCACCCCCCGGCCCACCUACGACCUCAGCCCUGGUGAGCGGCUGCAACUAGAGGACGUCUGUGCCAAGAUCCACCCCUCCUACUGUGGGCCCGCCAUCCUCAGGUUCCGGCAGCUGCUGGCGGAGCAGGAGCCCGAGGUGCAGGAGGUGUCCCAGCUCUUCCGCUCGGUGCUGCAGGAGGUCCUGGAGAGAAUGAAGCAGGAGGAGGAGGCCCACAAGCUGACUCGGCAGUGGAGCCUGCGGCCCCGCGGCCCCCUGGCGCUGGCCACCUUCAAGACCCGAGCGCGCAUCUCCCCCUUCACCAGUGACAUCCGGACCAUCUCCGAGGACGUAGAGCGGGACACGCCGCCGCCCCUCCGGACCUGGAGCAUGCCGGAGUUCCGAGCGCCCAAAGAGGACUGAGCCGUUCCCUCCCCAUCCCAGGAGCGGAGCCACCAGCAGGAGGGCAUGAUAGGACGGUGACUGGUCCCGCGUCCUGGAACCUCCCCCCUUCCCCUGACUCCCAAGAGGUGUUUCCUUCCCAGGACAUUCCGGUGAAAUGAAGGACUCCGUCAGGCAGCACUCCCCCAUCAGCCCUCAGCCCCGAGUUAGGGCUCUGGGGCAUCUCCUCCCUGUCCCUCCCACAAAUCAGUGGGAGCAGCCCCUCCCCUGCCUUGCAGAGAUUCAGGAUCUUGGCAGACAAGAUCUACCCCUGGGGAGAGGAAGAGUUUGCCAGGACCUGAGUUCUCACCCCCAGUUCAGGGAUGUCCUAUUCACCCCUUCACCC